CAGCCGGUCCUGUUCGGGUGUCCCUUGGGGGAACGACGGCCGCAACUCCCAGGUCUGGGUCUCCCACACACAGAUUCCACUUGCUCUGGACACCCUGCAGGGGAAGGUGCUGAGCCGCGUGGGGAGGAGUAGGACACAGCCACCCCCACCAAACAGGACCCGUGUGCAGCGCCCUGCACCCAGCACCCAGCACCCAGCACCCAGACGGCAGGCGCUGGCGGGGUCCGCAGAACAGAGCGGCUCCUGCACAGACAGGCGCUGCCCUGCAUCUGGGGCAGACGGCGACCCUCGGCUUCUUUCCACCCCCCACCCCCGGAGCUUCCAAGGCACCUGCCCAAGGCCACCCAGAGCGCCCGGCGGAGGAGGCGGAGCAGAGGCGACCUCCCAGGCUACGCCAGAUGGCCAGGCCGCUGUCCACCCCCAGCCCCUCCCAGAUGCAAGCCAGGAAGAAACGCCGAGGGAUCAUAGAGAAGCGGCGCCGGGACCGUAUCAACAGCAGCCUUUCAGAACUGCGGCGCUUGGUCCCCACUGCCUUUGAGAAGCAGGGUUCCUCCAAGCUAGAGAAAGCUGAGGUCCUGCAGAUGACGGUAGAUCACUUGAAGAUGCUCCACGCCACUGGUGGGACAGGGUUCUUUGAUGCCCGAGCCCUGGCAGUGGACUUCAGGAGCAUUGGUUUUCGGGAGUGCCUCACUGAAGUUAUCAGAUACCUGGGGGUCCUGGAAGGGCCCAGCAGCCGAGCAGACCCUGUCCGGAUUCGCCUUCUCUCGCACCUCAAUAGCUAUGCAGCAGAAAUGGAGCCUUCACCCACACAUGCCAGCCCCCUGGCCUUCCCUGCCUGGCCCUGGUCUUUCCUCCCUAGCUGUCCUGGGCUGUCAACCCCAAGCAACCAGCUCGCCAUCCUCGGAAGAGUGCCUGGCCCCAUCCUCCCCAGCACCUCCUCUCUUGUGUACCCCAUCCCGGCCUUCCGAACCACCCCCCUUCGCAGAGCCACUGGCACCAUCUUGCCAACCCGGAGGAAUUUGCUACCUGGUCGAGGGGCAGCUUCUAUCCGGAGGGCACGGCCCAUGGAGAGACCAGCUGCCCCUCUGCCUGAGGCCUCCAGUGGAAGAGCUGCCAGGAGCAGCCAUGUCACACCCCUCCUGCGAUCCCCAUCCCCCCUGUCCUCUGGGGUGGUGAGGUCUCCUGCUUAUGCCUUUCCUGCUCCCAGGACCUCUUCCCCAGGGCCAGCUGGGAGGUCGGUGGGAGCUGUGCACUGCCAUGCCUGGGCCUCAGAAAUCACCGAAAUUGGGGCGUUCUGAGCUGGCCCCUCGCCCUCACCUCCCCCCCUACCUUACACCCACUCCAGAAGUAAGGAGAGUUCUUUUUCCAGGAGCUCUAAAAAUGGCACUGCCUCUUCUGCUCUGUUUGCUGGACUGGCUCCUAGAUGACGAAGUUUCCCCCCAUCAGAGACCCCCUCCGCCUUCAGCCCAUCACCCCUCCUUCCUGCUCACCCCAGUUUAUCCACCCAGCCCUCCUGGAUCUGUUCUCAUGGUAAAGGUUUGGUGUCCUUCUUAUCUGGACAGACAAAUCCAAGGAGAGCCACUAAGAGUCACGCCCAGACCCCUGUCCUGUCCAGUCCUGUCCAGUCCCGGUUGACAAGGGGGAACAGGCAUAAAUCACAGGUCUGGAAACAAAGCUUUAAGCUGAAAGGCAUGGUAGCCUGAGACAGGCUGCUUUCAUAGAGAGGUCACCCCAGCAAGUAGCAAUGACUAACUAGGAGAUCCAUUCCCAGGCCUUAAAGUGCCUCCCCGCUUCCUGGAGAUGGUGGCUGAGCAGAGGCCACAAAGAGGUCUGUUUGGAGCCCUGCCCACUCAUCUUCAGCCCACCCCAUCACAGCACAGGACCACAAUCCACCAGGGCCACGGUAUGGUGCCUGGUGGUUCAGCAGGUCCUGCUCCUGUUUCCUUCCCAGUUGCAGACACCCACCCCCCAGCUGACUGACAGUUCCCUGCACAGAGCUGGGUGGCUUCCAGGCAGCAGUGAGGCUCCAUGAUGGGAUACCCUCGCCAAGAAGUCUCAGCCAGCAGCCAGAAUUGUGUGCCAGAGAACCCAGCUCCUGCUUUUAGCGCUGUCCUUGCCCCCUAGGCCAGAGGCCCCACUGGGUGCACAACGUGCAGCGCCCUGUUCCCAUGUGAUGGAGCCCAGAGAGGGAUCCCUCUUGGGAUUCAGCACCAGACGUUUUGCUGCCUGGUCUGCAUCCGGCUCUCAGAGCCCAGACUGCUGGGACAGCCAAGGGCUGUCAGGCUGGACAAAAAUAACUGCGAGGAGGGGCGAGAGGAAGACCGGUCAGAGGCAGCUCGGCCCUUCAAGGUCACACAGUAGGUUAAGGGCCUGAGAUCCUGUUCACCCGGGAUUCCAGACAGCUGGCUCAACUCAGAGACUAUUUCAUCACCCAGUUCCAUCCCAGACCAAUUUUGCCUUAAAAGAAGGAACAAAUGACCCAGUGACUGUUCCCAAUGGCACAGAAGAGAUUGGACAAAAGGGGCUGUCUGGGACAGACAUACAGCUGGACUGGUGUUACCAAAUCAGUUGUUAACAAUGUAGAAACACUUCUAUGCUUAUUGGUAAACAUCUGCCUCUUCUGAAUGCCUACACAAACACACACAGUACCCACCCCUCAGCCUCCCACCUCCCUAGUGAUCUGAUAAUUCCCAGCAGACCCCAGGCCACCUGGGCCUCCCCAGCUAUCAGUGUAAUGGUGCUUACUACACACCAGUUUUUUUUUUCCCUUCAUCUCCAAAGCUUCACCACUCAGACUAACUGUUCUAGACAACAGAUCUAGUGUUCAGGCAGAGAGUGAAGGUACCACAGUACCUAGGCUUCCUUCAGUGCAGUGGGGACUGGACUCGAACCUGGAUCAUGCACAGAGCCAAGCAGCACACUAUCCAAGUCAGCUAUUUUGCCUGCCCUCCACACCUGUUAUUAGAUAUUUCUAAUGUCACCUAUGGGAAGUUUCUCCCACCUUCCGCCCUUCGAUGGAAUGACCCUCCCUAGAGGUUGAAAUGAAGACAGAGAGGUGGAUGAGAUGGUGUCUACAUAACCCAGAAAGCUCUUUCAAAAAGGCAGACUCCUCAAGGAGGCAUAAAACAUUCAAGCAAUUCUGGCAUCAGGUUAACUAUCAGGUUUUCCUCUCGACCAUCUUAAGUUGUUGGUGACGAGAAGAGAAAGAAAGAAUCUCAUUUCAUGGACUGGGACAUUGGCUGACAGAAUCUCAUUUCAUGGACUGGGACAUUGGCUGAGAGUGCCCCUGAGGGAGACAAAAAAGGGUGGCUGGUCAGAGCAGUCAGUAGGCUCCCAGGGUGUAGGGAAAGGAGACAAGGGAUGUAGCAGAAGGCUAAGCCCAACUCCUCCUCCUCCUCCUUCCAGAGCACUGCUCAGCUGUGGCUUCUGGUAGUGUAGGGCUUUGAACCUUUGGUGCCUUGGACAUGAAAAUCUUUUUACAUAACCAUUAUGCUAUCUUCCCAGUCCCCAGCCUUAUUUUUCUCACAUAGAACAAGAAGUUCUCCAUCUCCUCUUCCUCUCCUCAUUCUUCCUGUCCCUUCUCCCCCCUUCAUCCCCUGGUCACUCAAAACUGGUGACUCACCAUUCCCAGGAUGCCAAGUCAAUGCUGCAGUAACGUGACUAGCCAGAAAAUCCUGCGCUGGCUCAUAGUGGGAUAGGGGGCACUUGUCUGUGCUUCAAGUACCCAGUUCCAAAAUGGCCUGUUGACACCACUGAAUGAAGAGGAAAUUGGCCCGGAGCCUUUAGGCUCCUCCAUGAUCUUGGGUUUAUCCUCCCUGAGAGAUGUUUAGGGAAAGGUACUGUUUGUGUUUGUUUUCAUGACUGAAAAGCAUUUGUUUAUACCCCUAAGCCUUUCUGGUGCCCCCUGCUCCCACACUAUUGCUGGGGUUGUCUCAGACAGCCAAUAAAAAUUUGGUUUUUCUA